AUGUCGAACCUCAACUCCUGGGAGGAUGAUCCUUCGGCUCAGGACGAGCAGCUCUCUCGACAGGCCCAGCAGCAGCUCAAUAUGAAUGCGGCCAACCAGCAGCAGCAGGGUGCAUUCCGCCCAGCCAUUGCUUCCUUCCAGCCCGGUGCUUCGUCUUUUCAGCCAGGCGCUCAGUCUUUCGCCCCCGGACAGCAAUAUGGCGGGGGAUAUGGCCAGCAGUACCAACCGCAGCAGUACUACCAGCAACAGCAAGGAUACUACCCACAGUACGGUCAGGGCCAGGGGGGACAGCAACCCAUCCAGCACAACCAGCAGGGCUAUGGUGGCAACUUCAGCCAAGGAUACAACCAAGGGCAAGGUUACCCCCAAUAUGGUCAGCAGCAGGCGCAGCAGGCGCAGCAGGCCAGGCCUCAAGCUCCCAGAGCCCCCGCUGCUCAAGCAGCUCCUGCGGCAGCCAGCGCUCCCAAGCCCGUUGCCACCAAGCAGGGCGGCGCCAAGGUUUUGAGCAUUGGUGGUGAAGCAACCCCCAAGCCCAAGGUCGCCAAGGUGCUUUCCAUCGGCGGAUCAUCUGGCCCAGCUAAGGCCGAUGACAAGGCCGAUAUCAAGCCAGAGCCGACCGACAAGCCCGAAGCUGGGCAGAAGACCACAGCUUCUAAGGCUAUCGAAAAGACUGGAGAGAAGACUACUACCUCUAGCGGGCGUACCUCGCCCACCCCCUCCUCUGGUCGCUCCAGCCCGUCCGGGGGUGACAGGAAGCCCCAGCGCGAGAUCGACGCCGUUGUGAAGGAACAAGCGGCCGAUGUUGACGAAGCUACGCUCAAAGAAAUUUAUGGCAAGGAGCACGUUAACGUCAUCUUUAUCGGUCACGUCGAUGCCGGGAAAUCCACUCUCGGUGGUUCGAUCCUGUACGCAACUGGCAUGGUGGACGAGCGAACUAUGGACAAGUACAAGAAGGAGGCCAAGGAUCUCGGUCGUGAAACUUGGUACCUGUCAUGGGUCAUGGACCUGACGAAAGAAGAGCGUUCUAAGGGCAAGACUGUCGAGGUUGGUCGCGGCUUCUUCGAGACUGACAAGCGCAGAUAUAGUAUUCUCGAUGCCCCUGGCCAUAAAACCUAUGUGCCGAACAUGAUUGGUGGUGCUUCUCAGGCCGACGUUGGUAUUCUGGUCAUUUCGGCCAGAAAGGGUGAAUACGAAACCGGUUUCGAGCGUGGCGGCCAGACUCGUGAGCACGCCAUGUUGGCCAAGACGCAGGGUGUCAACAAGCUUAUUGUCGUUAUCAACAAGAUGGACGACCCUACGGUAGAGUGGUCGCAUGAACGGUACCUGGAAUGCACAACGAAGCUCGCCCAGUUCCUCAAGGGAACCGGCUACAACCUGAAGAACGAUGUCUUCUUCAUGCCCGUCGCGGCCCAGACUAGCCAGAACAUCAAGGACCGUCUACCAAAGGGCAAGGCUUCCUGGUACGAGGGCCCGUCGCUGCUGGAGUAUCUAGACAGCAUGUCUGCUCUGGAGCGAAAAGUUAACGCGCCGUUCAUGAUGCCUGUCAAUGCCAAGUACAAGGAUCUGGGAACUAUGAUCGACGGCAAGAUUGAGGCUGGUGUUAUCAAGAAGGGCAUGAACCUUGUCAUGAUGCCUCGCAAGCAGAAUGUGGAACUAUCCGCGCUGUACGGCGAGCAGGAGGAGGAAGUAUCGAUACUGCAAUGCGGCGACCAGGUUCGCCUGCGUCUCAAGGGUAUCGAGGAGGAAGAAAUUCUGCCCGGCUUCGUGCUAUGCUCGCCCAAGCGUCUUGUACACUGCGUCUCGGAGUUUGAGGCGCAAAUCAGAAUCCUUGAUCUCAAGAGUAUCUUGACAUCUGGCUUCAACUGCGUUCUGCAUGUGCACUCAGCAAUUGAGGAGGUUACGUUUUCUGCUCUGCUGCACAAGCUGCAGAAGGGGACCAACCGCAAGAGCAAGCUGGCCCCUACACAUGCGAAGAAGGGCGAUAGCAUCAUUGCUCGCAUGCAAGUGAUUGGUGGCGCUGGCGCCGUCUGCGUUGAGAAAUUUGAAGACUACGCGCAGAUGGGUCGUUUCACACUUCGUGACCAGGGGCAAACAAUCGCCAUUGGUAAGAUUACGAAGCUGAUCCUGGAAGAUUAA